UCUCUUUUCCCUCCCACGCCCCAAUUCUUUUCCUUUUCCACCUCACAUUUUCAAAGACGUAAUGAUGAUGCUUUUCUCCUUUUUCCAAACUCAACACCUUCUGAAACAACCAAUGAACCCACAUCAUUCAUCAAUCACCACCUACAAAACACCCACAAUGAUCCUUGUUUCUCUCGUCGUCAUCCACCUCACAAUCACAGUCACUUCAGGUUCACUCACCGGAAAGAUUAUGGACGUCACUACACCUGUAACAACAGUUCCGACAAUAACUACCGGAAACCCAAACCCAACUACGCAACCCAAAACGACAACCUCCCCAGUAUCAUCAAGUACUUCAUCUGCAGGCCGAAGCUGGUGCGUUGCAACCCAAUCUGCUUCACAAACGGCAUUACAAGAGGCUCUGGAUUACGCUUGUGGUCACGGUGGCGCUGACUGCUCGGCGAUUCAGCAGGGUGGUGAGUGUUACAAUCCUGACACCCUGCGCCACCAUGCUUCUUACGCGUUCAAUAGUUAUUAUCAGAAGAAUCCUGUCCCAAGUAGCUGCAAAUUCGGUGGCACUGCGAUUACGACGAGCUCUGAUCCAAGCUCUAGCACAUGCCAAUUCCUAUCAACAAGUACAAGCUCAUCGAUUCUAAAUACCACAAAUUCAAGUGGAGCUACAGUUUUCGGCUCAGGACCCUCGGUUCCCAUGUCCAGCAUUGCAUCCCCCAUCCUCUUUCCAAAAGCAAUUCUUUGUUUUCCAUUAAUUAUAAUCACUCAUAUUUUCUGUAUGCUUAUUGUAUUUUAAGACAUAUAUUCUCUAUUUUUAUUAUAUAAAUAGAACUACAAGUAGAACAUUUAAACUAUAUAAUCUGAUUUCAGGGUGAAA